GUAUCUCUUUCUCAAUCUCUUCAAUAUUUUAGUUUAUAUUAUUCUCAAUAAUUUUAUAAAACUAAUAAAAUUCUUUUGGUGUUAAAGAACUUCCUACUAAAAAAAACAAAGACAGCGGCUAACUUGAGCCACCGCCGCCAGCCGUCGAGACUAGCCGCUGCCGGCGACGUUCCGUUGGAAUUGAACCUUUUUUAUAGGAAAAGAAGAAAAAAAACAGUAACUAUUCAACAGUGCCCGUUUGUGGUUUCACACAUUCACUGCGCUGGUAGGAGCACAUACAAUGAUUAUGGUAGUAAGAAUGCUGAGCUUAUCUACAACAGUUCGAUUAGAAGCCACAAUUUUGAAUGAAGCCCCGCAACGUCAUCCAUGGCACACAAACCCUACACCUCGUCUUUCAUUGGCUAAGCCUUCUUGGGUCGUCCGUACUGAGUCAAAUGUUCAUAGAGAAGAAAAGAAAAAGCCAGAUCCACCUUGUGUGGUCUGCAUGGGGAGUGGAAGGACUGAGUGCCACACUUGUCGGGGAAGAGGGAGGACAAACUAUACAGACGUUGAGAUGCUUCCUGAGGGGGAAUGGCCAAAAUGGUGUGGGACUUGUGGCGGAAGUGGUCUCGGCUACUGUCCUCGAUGCCUCGGUACUGGAGAGUAUAGGUACGUAAUGGGAUUUCAGUUCAUGAAGAGGGAUGCCAAUUACACCCAAGAUCGCAACAAACGCCGCAGUGUAGCAGAUUUUUAUGAAGAAUAAUCCAUAUUUUUAAUUGAAAAAUUCAAAUCUACAUGUUUUAAAAUCUUGGUGACAUUAGCCAAAUUUUUUGUAUAGCUCAAAUGUGAUGUAGAAAGAACACCACCAUACUUGUUAGAGAGUAGAGAUUAGUGUUAAUCCGUAGAUAGCUCGGAGAAAUCUUUUGUUUUAGUUUCUUCCUAGUUUCAGAUAUUAUUUGUGUUGUAUCUUCUACAGUAUAACCUCAAUUAAUUAAUAACUUCAUUUAAAUUAUA